CGCGCGCGCACAUUUAGUUCGACGCGUUUGCGUUAAACUUUGUCUAGACUUCUCAUCGAUUGGUUUUUAGGGAACCAAGUAUAUUCAAAAAAAUCAUUUUCAGAUUUAGCAUAGAAUAGUAAUGUAUUAGAAAACAAGAUCGUCGCGUAUUAUUUAUCGUCCAUGUUCUUUUUUCAAUCUAAUAUAAGUACAAUCGUUGAUUCUCACCUUUGCACACGCAAAUCAAUCCACCCGCAAAAUCAUCGAACAACGGCAGCCAUCUUUACUGGCUCCGAAACGGGCUGUGGUUUGUGACAGAGAGACGGUAGUGGUUCUUCAUGUGGUUCACGCGACCAUCUCAUCGCCUAUGCACCCUACGAGAGAUUGGAAAUCAUUUUUAAGUGUGGCUAAUUAGAAGAACUAAGGAACUCGUCUCACGAAUUCGAGCUACCAAAAUAUGGCAAUGGAGACGCCAAGGGAGCGUGAGAUUGCCGCGGAGGACAGUAUUAAGGUAGUCUGUAGAUUUCGACCUUUGAACGACUCCGAAGAAAAAGCUGGUUCGAAAUUUAUCGUAAAAUUCCCUUCUGGCGGUGAGGAUAAUUGCAUCUCUAUCGGGGGAAAAGUAUAUCUUUUUGACAAAGUUUUUAAACCAAAUGCUACUCAAGACAAAGUUUACAAUGAAGCGGCUAGAUCAAUUGUCACAGAUGUGUUGGCAGGGUAUAACGGCACUAUUUUUGCAUAUGGUCAAACAUCUUCAGGAAAAACACAUACUAUGGAAGGUGUUAUUGGAGAUCCAAAUAAACAAGGUAUUAUUCCCAGAAUUGUUAAUGAUAUUUUCAAUCAUAUUUAUGGUAUGGAAGAAAAUUUGGAAUUUCACAUCAAGGUAUCAUAUUUUGAAAUCUAUAUGGAUAAAAUCAGAGAUCUUCUUGAUGUUUCUAAAGUGAAUUUAAGUGUGCAUGAAGAUAAGAAUCGAGUUCCAUUUGUAAAAGGUGCAACAGAACGCUUUGUAUCUAGUCCUGAAGAAGUAUUUGAAGUUAUAGAAGAAGGAAAAUCAAAUAGGCACAUUGCAGUAACUAAUAUGAACGAACACAGUUCACGUUCUCAUUCUGUAUUUUUAAUAAAUGUAAAACAGGAAAAUUUAGAAAACCAAAAGAAGCUUUCUGGAAAAUUAUAUCUUGUUGAUUUGGCUGGUUCAGAGAAGGUUUCUAAAACUGGAGCAGAAGGAACUGUUCUAGAUGAAGCAAAAAAUAUCAAUAAAUCUCUAUCAGCACUUGGCAAUGUAAUUUCAGCUUUAGCUGAUGGAAAUAAAACUCACAUUCCUUAUCGUGAUUCAAAAUUAACUAGAAUUUUACAAGAAUCUCUUGGUGGCAAUGCCAGAACUACAAUUAUUAUUUGUUGUUCACCAGCUAGUUUCAAUGAAUCAGAAACAAAAUCGACAUUAGAUUUUGGUAAACGUGCUAAAACUAUUAAGAAUGUUGUAUGUGUUAAUGAGGAAUUAACAGCUGAAGAAUGGAAACGUCGCUACGAAAGAGAAAAGGAAAAAGCAGCUAGAUUGAAAGGAAAAGUUGAAAAAUUAGAAGCUGAAUUAUCGCGUUGGCGACAGGGUGAAACUGUUAAACCUGAAGAACAAGUUAAUUUGGUUGAAGGACCAGAUGUUACAACACCAAUUAAUAUGUCUAUUGAAGGUAAACUAGAUGACGGUCCGAUGCCAGCUACUCCUGGUGGCAAUUUAAUGGCUGGAUCUUUAUCUAAUGAAGAAAGACAAAAAUUGGAAGAAGAACGUGAAAGACUUUAUCAACAGUUGGAUGAUAAAGAUGAAGAAAUUAAUCAACAAUCACAAUAUGUUGAGAACUUAAAAGAACAAAUUCAUGAACAAGCAGAAUUAAUUGCUACUGCAAGACGUGAAUAUGAAAAGCUUCAACAGGAAGUAAAUCGAACACAGCAAGAACAUGAACGGGCUAAGGAAGAAGUUAAAGAAGUUUUACAAGCAUUGGAAGAAUUAGCAGUUAAUUAUGAUCAGAAAUGCCAAGAGUGUGAUAUUAAAAAGAAAGAAACUGAAACUUUAACAGAAGAAUUAUUAGCAAAACAAACGACAUUAAACAGUACGGCUUCAGAAUUACAACAACUACGCGAUAUGUCAGCUCAUCAAAGGAAACGUAUUGCGGAAAUGCUAGCAAACUUCUUGAAAGAUUUAGGUGAAAUUGGGGUUGCAAUUGGUGGUGAUGAAAAUCUAAAAGUUGCACCUACGGAAAGUAAUGGUAAACUUGAAGAAGAAUUUACUGUGGCAAGACUGUUUAUUAGUAAAAUGAAAUCAGAGGUGAAGAAUUUAGUACAACGAUGUCAAGGAUUAGAAAGUUUCCAAGUAGACUGUAACAAGAAAGUUGCUGAAUAUGAAAAAGAUUUGGCUGAAUGUCGAUUAUUAAUUUCUCAACAUGAAGCUCGUAUGCAAACAUUAACAGAAUCAAUGAAAGUAGCAGAAGCACGUAAACGUGCUUUAGAAGAAGAUGUUGAUGCUUUACGCGAAGAAUGUGCCAAGUUAAAAGCUGCAGAACAGGUACAAGCAGUUACAAAUAAAGAAAAAGCAGAAGAAAAAGAAGCAGCGACAAAGAUGAGAGUGGCACUGGAAGAGCAAAUGGAUCAAUUGCGAGAUGCUCAUCAGAAACAAGUCGCAGCACUUAGAGAUGAAUUAUCUGAAAAACAAGAAUUGAUUAGUGAACUUAAAGAUUUGAAUCAGAAAUUCACAUUGGCUCAUCAACAAAUGCAAGCAGAUUAUGAACGAUUAAAACAAGAAGAAGCAAAUAAAUCUGUUAAAUUGCAAGAAUUGAUUUUGCUUAAUGAACGUCGUGAACAAGCUCGAAAAGAUCUUAAAGGUCUAGAGGAAACAGUAGCCAAAGAACUUCAAACAUUGCAUAAUCUACGCAAGUUAUUUGUUCAAGAUCUUCAAACUAGAAUAAAGAAGACUAUGAUUGCAGAAGAUAACGAAGAUGACGGCGGAUCACUAACACAGAAACAAAAGAUUUCCUUCCUCGAAAAUAAUUUAGACCAGCUUACAAAGGUUCAUAAGCAACUUGUAAGAGAUAAUGCUGAUCUUCGAUGUGAAUUACCUAAACUUGAAAAAAGAUUACGGGCUACUAUGGAACGUGUCAAAGCUUUAGAAACAGCAUUGCGAGAUGCCAAAGAAGGUGCAAUGCGAGAUCGUAAACGUUAUCAGUAUGAAGUAGAUAGAAUCAAGGAAGCAGUUAGACAAAAGAAUUUAGCCCGUCGUGGACCGAGUGCGCAAAUUGCUAAACCAAUUAGAGCUGGUCAACAUCAUUUAACUAAUGUUAAUGCUAUUAGAACGGGAAAUCGUGAAAACGAAUGCAAGAACGCUUUCAUCAAUGAAAGCAAUAGAGUUCCAGAGACUCUAAUUUGUAGUGGAUACCCAUAAAUGUUACAACUAUAUAGUAAGGGUAAUAGACGUAAUAUAUCCGCAAGGAGCACCGCCAGUUCUUUUUAUUUGUCUCAAAACAAGCAUGUGCUUAGGUAUAUUCAAAUAAGUGCAUUAAGUUAUAAAAUUAGUGCUGCAUGUCCUAUCGAUUUGUAAAUAGUUAAUUUUUAUAAAUUAUUUAACUUAAUAUCAUGCACGAUGAAUAAAAGUGAAUGUCUAUCAAAUAAUCAUGCAAAGGCCUCUUAUGAAAAAUGUUUCAAUAUUUAUUUCUAACAAAAUUUUGUAUACUGUAUCUUUAAAAAGAUAAAUGAAUUCUAUUAUAAUGGAGUAGAAAAUAAUAAUAAUGAUCUAAAAAUGAUUAAUAUAAUUUAAUCAAUUUGUCUAUAAUAGUUUUAACUGAUCUACAAUCAACAUUAAUAUUUCUCAUCAAAUGAGGCAGUACUAUCUAACAUUUGGUAGGUAUCGCUGACAUGAAAUGCGAUUGGACAUGCGGCUUUGAAAAAAUUGUAGGAAUGAUCGUGGCUUAUAAGUAUUUAUAAUUGUAAGAAUUCUCUCCAUUGCUAUUAACAUAUACGCGACAAAAAAUUUUUUCGGACUUUCGGAGAGCUCACUUAACGAAAGUGUUAAGUUUGUUGGCUACUCUAAAUAUUAUGGUCCAAGAACCAAUGGCUUUAUGAACAUUUUCGACAGAAAAAUUUCAUCCUUAUUUUUGUUCAUGUUUAUUUUAUUAAUUAUAAUACAGUUCUCAUUACAUCAAUCUUUAUAUAUUCAUCUAAUUUAAAUUAAUUUAUUAUUGCUUAUUCUUGUUUAUAUCAGAGGCUUUUAUACUACAUUUAAAGUUUUAUAGACCAAUAAAAUUUGAUCUAUAAAGAAGUCUUUUGUCUUAGAUAAACGUAUUUUUAUGUUUUUUCAUGUUGAGCUUAUGCUCGGAAGUUACCUAGAUGUAUUGUACGUCUAAUUGUGAGUUAUUGCACAGGUCUGCUUAAGUUCCUAAAACCUGUUGCAGACCGCCGAAAAUUCGCUCACAGAUUCUUUUUCUUUUUUUUUCUUUUUUCAGUGUAAUCGUUGAAUGUAACGUAUACACAUGCAUUUUUUAGAAAACUAUUCUUUAAUCAUAUUUGUCAGUAAUUAAUGCUUUUCAAUUUUUGUGUACUUUUUAUGUACUUUUUUGUAAUUGUUUUAUUUAUGAUUUUCUUAAAAAUGUACGAGCCACACGUACUUGAUAUAUUGUCCAGAGCAGGAGAAUUCUAAACAAUAUUAAUUUAAGAUAGAUUUCUAUAAACUGUGCGCAACAAAAUAUUUGUUUGUGAUACGUCGAAAUUUUGUUACGCGCAGAUUCUUUAUGAUGUGUAGACAAAAAAAAUUAACAUUUUCUUUAUCUAUGAAUCAUUGUCUCUCGUUGUUGUUGACAACAACGAAAGAAAUCAUGUUUCCACGUGAAAUCAUUUUUUGUCAUCUUCCGUUUUUUAACUUUUGUGAUAUCGAGAGUGAAAUUGUGUUUGCAUAUUAUGCAAAGACAAGUGCGUGGUGCAUAAUGAGUGCAAUUAUUAUUGUCAAAUGUAUGUAAAUAUAAUCGUAUUCCAUUACAUUUAUUUGGCAAAUUAAAACAAUCUUUGCAAGUUGCCCUAUUCGUAAAAGGCUACAAGUAUAUGUAUUUAUUGAAAAAUACACUUAAUAUUACUGUUUCAAAGCCUUAACGAUUGUCGAAAUAUUGUCAUACAAUAAUGUAUUUUUCAUUCUACUAUUCAACUAAGAUAUUAAUGUAUCUGCUGAAUUUUGAAUCAUGAUUCAAUUCUCUUCUUAAGCUAUUGAAUCCUGAAAUAAAAUUUCAGCCUAGGCAACUCUUUAAUUGUGAAUUUCGAGUAUCGACCACUUUUUCUUACUAAAUAACAUUUAUUUUUAUAGACUAUUGUAAAGGCAUUAUUGAUUUUUCAACAUGGAGAAAAAAAUUCAAAAGUACUUAUUGAACAAAUUUUCGUUACGAUCAAAAUAUAAUUAAAAAAUGAUCGAAUUCAUAAAUCAGCCUGUUAUAUAUUAUAAUAUAAUUUAAAUUAUCAGCAUUUUUCUCUAAUUGACAUAUAUGUUUAUUAUUAUUUUUUUACAUCAUAAUUUAUAUAAUUUAUGCGCAUAAUUAAAACAGGCAAUGAAGCUUAAGAAAAAUUUAAUGAAUUUUAUUGUAUAACUCCUCGAAAAUCAGAUGCUUGUCGAAAAGUCCUUUUUAAAAAUCUUCGAUAUAUAUACACGAAAAUAAAAUAAAAAUCAGAGUUAUUAUUAUUUUCAUAAUGCAUCAAACAUAUUUAAAAUUAUAAUUAAAAAAGAGUAGUUAAUAUUUAAUGGUAUACACAUAGAAAAACAAAAAUCACUGUUAAUGAGGAGGUUGAUCUAUAACCGCUGCCGUUCUUUUGUAAACUGUACGAAAUAUGCGAAUGUGAAGGAAAUAAAUAAGUUGACAGAUGUAGAUAUUCGUUUCAUUGUGGUUUAGAAACAUACCGAAAAAUGUACAGAAAAAGUGCGACAAACUCAUAUAGUUGUAUCACGUGCUUUGCUACAUUAUGCUUUAUUCGAAAAAUUAUAUGUUAUAUACGUGCGUUUAUUUAAUUAAAUUCCACAACAUAAAAAAAUUACAGGCGUUUUAAAAAAAAAAAUCUAUACUGAUGCUCGAUGGUGCAUAGCGAAACCUAUAAGUAUCGAAGUAGGUUUACUAUAAAAAUGCAAUGCGAAUAAUAAAUUCUUUUUUCAUUGCA